AUGUCCCUCCUCAACGUUAAAGUAAAAAUGGCUCGUUAUGUUGGAGACCAAGCGCCACAAUUCAGCACAUAUGCCACGUUAAAACUACAAAAUGUUAAGUGUACAACCGUGACGGUCAAAGGAGCAAAUCCUUGUUGGCAACAAGACUUUCUAUUCGAGACGAACGACGUCAAUACGGGUCUGUUGGUGGAAGUGUGGCGCAGAGGGUUUCUUCUGGACUACGCUAUAGGAUACCACAUGGUCAGCUUACCAACAGUGCGCUACUCCAACGAGGAUGGCGAAGGAGAUUGGGUGUCACUAGAUGCUGAACUUGAAAUGAGCGACGGUGUAGUGACUGGUACCAGGUGUCCGACAGGACAUUACCUGUUGAUUGAUGCUAGGUUCGAACUACCCUUUGGCCCUUACGAUCCACCGACUGGUUGGAAAGAAAUCUUAGGAGAGCUGGAUAAUUCCAACACGGCUCCGCCGAGCGCCAGUGCAUCAGGAGACAAUGACGAAAUCUGUGAUAUCGUGGACUACCAGAAAAAAUUCGAAAUCCUGAACACUUUCGAACAGGAUUCGAGGUCCGAAGACGUUUCGGCGCAAUUCCAAUAUUAUGGGCAGUCUGCAGGUAACUCGGAAGACAGUGAUUAUACAAGCGAUUUUAAUUAUCCAAUAUGUCAGCAACAAGCAAAUUCCUCAGCCUCUCAAUUUAGAAACCUUGCCGAUCAAUUAGAAAUGAGUCCUUGCAGUAGUCCAGAUCAUCCAAAUACAAAAAGCUCAGCGGGUAGUCAACAUUUAUAUGACUCUCAAAGGUAUGAAGAAAGGAGGGUACCAGAGGAUGAUCUAUAUUAUAAUAGUAGGCCAAACAAUUAUAAAGACCACAAAAGGCGAAAAAAUGACUAUAAAAUAGGAACCAGUGAAUGGUAUGAUGAAGGGUCUUCAACAACAUUCCUCGACCAAGAACAAUUUCCCACUUCUUCCAGACAUUCUUGUAAAAAGCAUAUUUCUAAAUACCACCAACGAAAGACAAAUAAAAAUCGGAGGUCAAGUUUGGAAAGACAAUCAUCUUUGUACCGACCGACUUACUACGAAGAAUAUUAUGAUAAUGGGGACCAAUUUGAACCUUAUGACAAUAAACAAAAUUGCGAACAAGUGAUUCCAUAUGGACCAGAAAAAUAUUACAAUGAUGGACCCAACGAAGAAAUUUACAACUAUGAUAAUAGUUAUAGUUAUGCGGACCAAAAGGAGGAAGAUAGUCAAUGGGAUGGUGGGGGUGUUGGAGAGUACUACUAUUCGCCUGGGUCGAGUAGUGACACUCAACAGCUAAAAACCACUUACCCCGUUCAGCAAGAAGUCGAUGAAGAAAACGAAGAGGUAUAUUUUUCACCAAACCAAAGUUAUGAAGAUCGUCAUUACAACGAAACUCCAUACGAAGUGUCACCACCAGCGGUACCAGCUCAAAGGCAUAAACAACUUCCCGAAAUACCCGCUAAAAAGACGCCUUAUAUGGAAUACUACUCAAAUUCUUAUUAUAACGAACAGGUAUCGAGUACCAAAAAGAUGUUACCUCAAAUACCUCAUUCGCGGAUCAAGCAAUCGCCUUCGUUGCCACAAACGUAUCAAAAAAUUCAGCGAAGAGCCAGCACUGACCAGAGGUCCAGUUCGUUGGACCAUAAAGACGGUGAAGACUAUACAUAUACCGAGACGAAUGUUAAGGGGCAAUUCGAAGAGUACGAUGACGGCUAUUAUAACGACAACGUUAGUUUACAACAAGAAAAACAGUACGCACAAAAUAAUACGAUAAGUUCGACUAACGCGAAUAACGAAUACGAAAGCCAAAGAGAUAGCAUGGAUGAUAAAAAAGAAGAAUCCGAGGGAUUUAACCGCAGGGAUACGUUCAUGAAGUUUUAUCAAAGAACUGUGAAGCAUUUAGAGAAUCCCCGAAGUUUUUUUCAACAACACAACGAUUCAGCAGAAUCACAAGAAGAACAUAAAGAGGAAUCUUUUGAAACUGCCGUGUCGUCAGUAAGUACGUCUAACCGACGUUGGAUACAAGAAGUGUCUUCAUCGAAACCCAACAGUUAUGAACAGUAUAAACCUAAAGAGGACACGUCGUCUUCUGUAGGCUAUACAUUAAGGCAGCAGGAAUCCACUGAAAGUUAUCAAGAUGAAUUACUACCAGUGGAGGACCACAACGACGAACCGGAAUCACCCAGGGUAUUACCAGAAGUUCCCACUUCCACUGGUUCUGUUGAUUUGUUCUCAAGUCCCGUAAAGCACUUCCCACCCUCUAUAUCACAACAACAACAACAACAACAAAUUCAACUGCAACAGUUACAACAACAACAACAGAUACAACAACAGCAGCUACAGCAACAACAACAAGAUAGUAUUGAAGAACACGAUGAUGAUGAUCAACUGGAUCUGGAAGAAGAAAAAGAGUUGUCAGUUGAAGAACCUAGACUUCCAGAACAAACGGCUCCAGAAGAAAAAAGUAACUUGGCAAGAAUGCGAUGGCACAAGGCGUAUAACAAGAUUGUCCAUCAGCUUAAUGUGAGUACCUUUUAUUUUUUUUGUGUUAGUCAUCGAUAG